UUUCGGUGCACGGCGAGGAAGGGAUAGGGAGGGAAGGGGGGGAAAGGGAAAACAAUUACAAGGACUGAAAUUUAUGAAGAGAAAAAUUCCCAUCCUCUUCUUCACAAUUGCUCACGAGAAGCAAGGAGCAAAAUCCGAAACUUUCGCCGGGAGUUUAUUUAUUUUUUUUGUUUUAUUUUGUUCUUCUCUCCAGCAAGUGGACUUCAAUACGCGUCGAUUUUGCGUUUUACUAAUAUAUUUAUGGCUCCUGCUGAAAACCUAAGACAAGUGCUGAUGGAAAUUCCAAACCCGCAGCCUAAGAUUGCUGUCCAUCUUCGCAGGACCUAUGAAGAAAUUAUGAAUUCCACGAGGGCGCAAACACGUUUAACAGCACUUCAUGCCAAUGUUCCUCCAACAUCUUUUCUAAGAAUGGAGAACAGCCCAACAGCGCAAGAUUUUUCUGAAGUCUCAUCGUUCGCCAGAAGAAAGUUUGGAGCCAGAAGAAGAACAUACACCAGUUCAUCAAAUUUCAUAUGUAACAAAAAAUCAUUGGAAAAUGAUAGUGAGAAAGAAUCUCCUUUCAAGAAACAACGACUGCAUUUUAAGCGAGGUGUAGAUUUGGAAGUCAAACUAAACCACCUACUAUCAUCUCAGCUGGUGCAGACUUUCGUAUUGCACAGAUAUCCUGCAAUUGAUGAUGAGGACAGGAACCUGGUUCUUCCGUCAUUGAUCUUGAAAUUUGCUCAAGAACAGCUGGCAUUAACCAAAAGAAGUGUUUAUCGAUCAAUACCACGAUGGCGCUUGGGAUCCAACAGAGAUGCCUACUGUUACCGCAAAGCACAUAAUCAUCUUCGCAUUUACAAGAGAACAUGCCUGGAACAAGGAAAGCUAUUAUUGCAAGCAGAACUCUGGGAGACUGCCUUAAACUACAUACUGAAUGCGUGGAGGUACACGAGUGAACUUCCACAGUGGGAUAAUAGUUUCCAUAAUGAAUGUACACAACAGUGUUUUGCGGUUUUAGCUGUUCAGUGCUUAACUGCUUUGCAACGAAGCUGUCUGGCGUUGGAGAAGUAUAAACAACUAAGGAAAAGACUUAGAAUUGCAUAUACGCAAAACAAGCUGAUCAAACCCUGUCUUGAAGAGAUGGAAACUAUGCUUGUAGUCUUGGAAUGCGGUUCUCCAGGACAAAAUCAAUCUUGUCUAAGUCCUUAAAAUUUCAACGAAUAAGAAGUGCAGUGUGUCCAUAAUUAAAAAUAUUGUAUGCCUUAAUAGGAAAAAGACCGCUUCAGGUUGAGCACAAAAACAUAUAUUGACAUCAAAUCUAUUUGUUCAAAAAAAAAGUCCAUACAUGAGUAUUUUUACUGUGCAUUGGAAUGGGUCCAGCACAACAUAGGAAAAUGGAAAUUGGAAUUAAAAGGAGGGAUUUUUGUCAUUUAAAGAGCAAAGAGAAAAUAGUUUUUUUUUUUUUUUUUUUUUUUUUUAAUGCUUAGUUGUGAAAGGUAGCCUUUGUCCUUUAACUUAAAUUGUCCAUCCUUGUAACAAAAGGAAGAGCAACCUGUAACUUUUAGCUGCAGGAUUCCGACUUGAGUGAAUAUACAAUUUUGACAAUUAGGUUGAUGUUUCUUGUGGAGGUUUGUGUAAGUAUUGGUACGAGUCAUUUCGGAUAUUUCUGAAGACGUGUUUCAUGGAAACCUUGCAGUAUAAAACUUGAGAUUUUUGAAUGCAAAUUGUAUUUUGAGAACCAUUUUAUUUAACUCCUCUGUAUAAGAAAAAUGAAUGUUGUAGAUGUCAUAGUAUGCAGGUAGACGUGUUGUACCACAAAUGUAGUGUAAUGGCAAUAUUAGUAACCUAAUAAUGGUAAUUGCACUUUAACCUUUAACUACAUACUGUUUUUAAUGUGGAGUUUCUGGUAUUAAACCAAAAAAUGUUUGAGUGAAUUUCGACUAGUUGGAAAUAUUUUCAUAUGUUAAAAAAACUAUUUUCAUUAAUUUAUGUAUGAAUUUCUUAAGUAUAAAUUUAUCUAGUUAUGCGUAAUGUAAUAUGUUAAUUGUUACUCGAACACUGAAAUCCAAUGUAUCUAACAUGUUGUGAGUGGAAAAUAUGUAAUUUAUGUGUUGGUAAUUGAGUCAUUUGGUGUUUAAGGGUUUUCAAAUAAAGUGAGUACUAACUUAUAACC